CUGUGAUUUACCGUCGAUCUACGGACCAAAAGUGUAGAAGUCCAAAAGCCACAAUGAAGAAAUUCAAGGGAUCGGUAACCACGAUAUAUGUGCUGCUGGGUAUCAUGCUGUGUGUAAAUACAGGAUUUGGACAUCGUUGUACUGCGACGAAUCUGGUAGCUGGUAAUGGCGAUAAGUCCCUUGAGUCGCCAUCCUAUGGCUCUUAUGCAAACAACGUCAGAUGGUGCCGCCGAAUCAUUGCCGAGGAGGACAGGGUGAUUAUCAUAGCCCUGGACCACGUGGACUUACAAGGUCAGGCCGGCAAUUGUGUCGACUUCCUCGACAUACUGGACGGUGAUCACUCCCGCAGCAAGUCAUUGGGGCGAUUCUGUCAGACCAACUCCACCAUCGUUAAGACGACAUCAGACGAGGCUUACCUAAGUUUCCGUACGGACCAAACACAGACAAGUAUCGGCUUUAAGCUCCGUUACCGCCAGAGCGAAGACGAAGACAAUUCCAUAUGGAGCUCAGCACUUGCAGGGAUAGCGGGAGGAUUAGCGGUCAUUUGGAUCUUUAUGUGUUGUUGUUGUCUUUGUUCUAAAAAGCAAAAAGUGAUAAAUAGAGACCCUUCCUCUGUUCACCCUAUCCAGCAAUAUAGCACGGAGGUGAACCAAUCCAGUGCCUACAGACAACAUGGAGAUAGGGUUUCUCGGCCACGAGUCUGGGAAAACUCUAGUCGUGACAGAUCGAACUCCAAUAUAUAUCAUAUUGUGUUUCGUACAAAUAGAAGAAAGCAGGAGCAGAAAAUUAGAACCAAUCUGGAACCGACCAAACCCCCUGUGUAUGAAGAAGAGGAUCCCUCUCCCGCGAAACUACCAGCAUAUGAUGAUAUAGAGGAGGAAUUCUCACGUAUUAUUUCUCCACCUCCAACGUAUAGAGAGCUCGAACAAGAAGGGUCAUCGCUUCCGGUGUCCCCUCCUCCAGCCUACCCAGCCAACCCCUCUUCAGACUCCUCGGGGCCUUAUCUAUAACCAUGAUACAAUCAUCCAUUAUUAAAUAUGCCGUUGGUCUGCUUUAUUUCCGUCCAUGGGAGUGCCAUGGACGUCCCUGGACUGAUUUGGUACAGUGUACAGUGAGAGUGAGGAACCAGUUCCGUACAUGUUGGGAACCAUAGCGACUAGAUUGGGGAUGUUUACGGUGCUUUCAAUCACCAAAAUGUAGUAUUUUAAGCAUUCUAAUGAAACUGUUGAUUGUUAUUUUAUUACUGUUUUACCGUUGUAUCCAAAAAUCUUCAUCGUUACAGUUUCAUUCAAGACAAGCUACUUUCAUGAUCAGCUUAACUUUCGAAUUAUUUUCAUUUUGUUCAUAGAACAGCCCAUGUCAUAUGAAGAAGAGUAAUUAUUGGUACUGCUUAAAAGUAUUGUAAUGUGAACAGCGAAGCCAUUUUGUUGUCCUGACUGCCGGCCGAGAUGUAGCACCCCUUUCCGCAGUGACCGAUACAGUAGGAAUUAUCAGAUGUUCUUUCUCUGGAAAGUAUAAUUCUGCUAAAAGUUGUGAUCUCAACGCUGAUUGGCUUGAUGAAAAUAACGAGACAAUACGGUGUUAAUACAUACAUGUGUGUAAUAUACUGCAAAUCUUUCCGAACUCGUUAGUUCGCCACUUCAAUACAACAUGUAGUACCAAAUUCUGGUGUACGGCUAUACACAGUGGGUACAAGUAAUUUAUUACAAGCAUAACCCUUUUAUAUUUUAUUACAGCACUCGAGCACUAUAAUUCAAUUCGAUAGCCCGGAGACGCAUGAAAAUCAAUCUGAUAUUGACAAAGACAUUGGACCAUAUGUAAACAAAUAAAUGAUGGGUUAUCAUAACAUUUUGUACACGGAAA